AUGGCCGAUAGCUCAUCUCACCGACUUGACCUCCGGGUUGGUGGCAAGUAUAGACUGGGAAAGAAGAUCGGUUCAGGAUCCUUCGGUGACAUUUACCUCGGGAUCAACAUCAUCUCCGGCGAGGAAGUCGCCAUCAAGCUCGAGUCUGUCAAAGCCAAGCACCCCCAGCUGGAGUAUGAGUCAAAGGUCUACAAGACUCUUGCUGGGGGCGUCGGUGUACCGUUCGUGAGGUGGUUUGGUACUGAAUGCGACUACAACGCAAUGGUCCUCGAUCUCCUUGGCCCUUCUCUCGAAGAUCUUUUCAACUUCUGCAACCGCAAGUUCAGCCUGAAAACCGUCCUGCUGCUCGCAGAUCAGCUUAUCUCUCGUAUUGAAUACAUCCAUUCCCGCAACUUCAUUCACCGUGACAUCAAGCCCGACAACUUCCUGAUGGGCAUCGGCAAGCGAGGCAACCAGGUCAAUGUUAUUGACUUUGGUCUUGCCAAGAAGUUCCGCGACCCCAAGACCCACCUGCACAUCCCGUACAGGGAGAACAAGAACCUCACCGGUACCGCCCGUUAUACCUCGAUCAACACCCACUUGGGCGUCGAGCAAUCUCGCCGCGACGAUCUCGAAUCCCUUGCUUACGUUCUGAUGUACUUCCUCCGCGGCGCCCUCCCCUGGCAGGGUCUUAAGGCGGCGACCAAGAAACAGAAGUACGACCGCAUCAUGGAGAAGAAGAUGACGACUCCCACCGACCUUCUUUGCCGUGGUUUCCCUAAUGAAUUUGGUAUCUUCUUAAACUACACUCGGGCCCUUCGUUUCGACGACAAGCCCGACUACUCCUACCUACGCAAGCUCUUCCGUGACCUCUUUGUCCGUGAGGGCUUCCAGUACGAUUAUGUCUUCGAUUGGAGCGUCCAGCGCGGUGCUGCCGAUGAUGGCAGCGCUGGUACCAGCCAGAAGGCCACUACUGGCAGGAGGAAGGUCGUUCAGGAGGAAGAUGAACACCGUGCGAGCGACAGGAUGUAG